GCAAUGCCAUUAGAUUGAAAUUAUUCUUGGACGGAAUCGCAUAACAUUCCCAAUUUGUGAGCCAAGGUAACCCAAAAAUAAUCUACUAAAUUGCAAGAAUUCAGAAAAGAAAACGACUUAUCGAUUGUUUGCUUACCGUCGUUAGUUAUAUAGUGAGAAGAGUGCACAAAUCCCGACUGGUUUAUGAUCAAAUGGACGAUGAACCUCUGUUAUCUCCAUUCGCUCCAAAAACAGCUCCACCAACCGCAUUACCCACUUUUUAGACCCUUCAUUCACAAAACCCCAAGCCUCUACUCUAAUAAAGUUACUAAAUUUUUUGUCCACGCCUCUACUAAAUUUAUUCAUCACCCGCAGAUCACUAGUUUCUCAGUCGCAAUCCAGAAGUCCAAUUUAUCCUACACGAAGCUCCUUUCUCAAUGUACAGCUUCAAAAUCUCUGACUCCGGGCAUGGAAAUCCAUGCCCAUGUAAUCAAAUUCGGCUUAACACAAGACCCCAAAAUAAGAAACAUUUUGAUUAAUCUUUACUCGAAGUGCCAGUUUUUUCAUUAUGCAUGGAAACUGGUUGAUAAAAGUACUGAACCGGAUUUAGUUUCUUGGUCUGCUUUGAUUUCUGGAUAUUCACAAAAUGGGUUUGGUAAAGAAGCAAUUUUGGCCUUCUAUGAGAUGCAUUUGUUGGGUGUAAAGUGCAACGAAUUUACUUUUCCUAGCGUACUUAAGGCUUGUAAUAUUACCAAGGAUUUGUGGCUGGGUAGGCAGGUUCAUGGGAUUGUGGUGGUAACUGGUUUUGAGAAUGAUGAGUUUGUCGCAAACAGUUUGGUUGUUUUGUAUGCGAAAUGUGGGCGGUUAAGGGAUGCGAGGAGGAUUUUUGAGGCAAUCACAGAACGGAGUGUUGUUUCAUGGAAUGCAUUGUUAUCUUCUUAUGUGCAGAGUGAUUCAUGCAGAGAAGCAAUUGGUUUGUUUGAGGAUAUGCUUUUGAGUGGAAUAAGGCCUAACGAGUUUAGUUUAUCCUGUAUGAUAAACGCUUGCACGGACUUGGAGGAUAAUGUUCAAGGAAGAAAGGUUCAUGGAUACUCGAUAAAGCUUGCGUAUGAUUUCGAUCUAUUCUCAGCAAAUGCUCUAGUUGAUAUGUAUGCAAAAGUAGGGACGCUAGAAGAAGCUAUCCGUGCUUUUGAGGAAAUAGCAAAACCUGAUGUUGUUUCUUGGAAUGCUAUUACUGCCGGUUGUGUUCUUCAUGAGUACCAUCACUGGGCGUUAGAAUUGUUUGGGAAAAUGAAUAGAUCAGGUAUUUGCCCUAACAUGUUUACCAUCUCGAUCGCUCUAAAAUCUUGUGCUGCAAUGGGUCUCAGGGAAUUAGGAAGACAGUUGCAUUCCAGAUUAAUAAAGAUGGAUAUAGGAUCAGAUUCUUUUGUAGGUGCUGGACUCAUAGAUAUGUAUUCCAAGUGCGACUUAAUGGCUGAAGCGAGAUUGGUUUUUAAGUUAAUGCCGGAAAAGGACUUGAUUGCUUGGAAUACUGUGAUCAGUGGGUAUUCACAAAAUGGGGAAGACAUUGAAGCUGCCUCUCUUUUUCCUUUGAUGUACCAGUGGGGAGUGGGGUUCAACCAAACUACUUUAUCAACAGUGCUUAAAUCUGUAGCUUGCUUGCAGGAUAAUCAAUUUUGCAGCCAAAUUCAUGCACUUUCUGUGAAAUCAGGGUUUGAAUCUGACAGUUACGUUGCAAACAGUCUAAUUGAUACAUACGGCAAAUGUGGCUAUACAGAAGGUGCAACCAGAGUAUUCAAAGAAAGCCCAGUUGUAGAUUUGGUGGCAUUCACAUCUAUGAUAACGGCUUAUUCCCAGGAUGGACAAGGUGAAGAAGCUUUAAAGCUAUAUCUGGAGAUGCAAGAUAGGAAGAUCAAACCGGAUUCCUUCCUUUGCAGUUCUCUCUUGAAUGCAUGUGCAAAUUUGUCGGCAUAUGAACAAGGGAAACAAGUUCAUGUUCAUGUCUUGAAGUUUGGAUUCAUAUCAGAUAUUUUUGCUGGGAAUUCACUUGUUAACAUGUAUGCCAAAUGUGGAAGCAUAGAUGACGCUGACCUCGCUUUCUCUGAAAUACCUGAGAGAGGAAUAGUAUCAUGGUCUGCAAUGAUUGGAGGGCUUGCUCAACAUGGGCAUGCGAAAGAAGCCCUCCAAUUGUUCAAUCAGAUGCUGAAAGAUGGAGUUCGUCCUAAUCACAUAACUCUUGUGAGUGUACUUUGUGCAUGCAAUCAUGCAGGUUUGGUUGCUGAAGCUCAACAAUAUUUCAAAUCAAUGGAAACGUUGUUCGGUUUUGAACCAAUGCAAGAACAUUAUGCUUGUAUGAUUGAUCUCCUUGGUCGAGCAGGAAAAUUAGACGAGGCAAUGGAGCUUGUAAAUAUAAUGCCAUUUCAAGCUAAUGCUUCAGUGUGGGGAGCCCUUCUUGGUGCUGCAAGAAUCCAUAAGAAUGUUGAGCUUGGAGAACAAGCUGCCGAGAUGCUUUUUGCCCUGCAACCUGAGAAAUCAGGUACCCAUGUCCUGCUUGCGAACAUUUAUGCAGCAGCUGGCAUGUGGAGUGAUGUUGCAAAGGUGAGAAGACUCAUGAAGGACAGCAGCCUGAAGAAGGAACCUGGCAUGAGUUGGAUUGAGGUGAAAGACAAGGUAUACACAUUUAUAGUAGGAGAUAGAAGCCAUUCUAGAAGUAAGGAAAUUUAUGCAAAGCUUGAUGAGCUAAGCGACCUCUUAAAUAAAGCCGGCUAUGCCCCUAUGAUAGAAAUUGACCUGCAUGAUGUUGAACGAAAUGAGAAAGAGCAGCUUCUAUUCCACCACAGUGAGAAACUUGCAGUUGCUUUUGGGUUGAUUGCCACACCGCCGGGAGCUCCCAUUAGGGUGAAAAAGAAUCUUCGAAUCUGUGUGGAUUGCCAUACUGUAUUCAAGUACAUUUGCAAAAUUGUCUCGAGGGAGAUUAUUGUGAGAGACAUAAACAGAUUCCACCAUUUCAGAGAUGGCUUCUGUUCUUGCGGAGAUUAUUGGUAGAAUUUGAGAGUAGUCUAUUGUUCAUUCAUUGUUCACUAACUCCUCCCCAUACAUUAUUUAACAUUUAGGCAUACUGACAAAGGCGUUUUUCUGGUUUUUUUUCCCCCUCAACUAUAUUUAUUUGAUGAAGAUGAAUUUUGUAUUACAUUUAAUUUUUUAACUCAUAUGUUGUUUAUCAAAAAUGAAGUUCCUACGUUUUGAGA